UGUUUAUCCCGAUGUUUUAAUCACUUACUAUAACAACUUCAUAUAUGUCUUUUUGGGAACACGAUGUAAAAGAGAAAACUGAGAACGGAACAUACCUGCGAAAACGAUGGAGGCCCUUGUGCAGAAUCAAACGGGAAAUCCUGGAAAGAGGAUCAAGUUGCUGCUGUUACAGAACGAAACCGGUAAGUUUGGUCUAAUAUUGAACCGGUGAUAGGCUUCUCAAUAGGCGUAUUGAAUGGGUAAAAAUUAGGGUUUUUUUUUAUGAAGAUGAAAUCUGCUCGAAGACAAUAGGAUAAAUUUCUGCUUAUUUAAUCCAGAGAUGUUGGUGGAAGAUAGUAGAGGCGACGUUACCUAAAGUUCAGAAAUUAAGUAACAUGAUUCUCAAAAAAGAGCAGGAGGUUGAUACUGCACCAACUAAUAACAAACCAGGACUUCCUGAUGCGAUUCAGAUAAGUCAUGAAGACGGUUUUAAUGAAAAAAAAUGGAGGAGUGUCUACAAAUGACACCAUUGGAACCCAAUCUUGAUAAAACUCUAUAAGUGCUUGUAAAUAUAACAGAUGCUGAGACUCGAUAAAGUUUCAACAAUGAAAACAAUGAUUCUAUCUCAUCUUCUAAUCAGACAAUCUUCACAAUUCUUUGUUCUUAUAUGGCAACUUCCACAAUUAGUAUCAAGAAAUCUGAUGUGAGUUUUUUUUAUUAAAUACCCAAAUCAUGUUACAGGAUGAAGAUGCUACAACUCCAACAUCCUUUACUCAUAGAAGUUUUCUUCCAUUCUUGAUGACUGUUUUAUGGGAUGAUUCUGAGCAGAAGGAAGAGGGAGAUGGCGAACAUAAAAGGGUCGAAUAACAAAAUCACACGAACCGAUAUUGAUAUUAAUUCUAGGGCUUUUUUAAGACUCAAAACACUCGCUCACUCAGUGCUCUAUAGCAUCGAUCCGGCGACCUGGCCUCACCUUCAGAAAGCCCAAAUACAUGCUCGCCCCGUUUUUGACGCUCAGAAACGAUCAAGGGAAAGCGCCUUGGAAUCAAGAACCCUGUAUUCUCACACCGGAUUCAUAGUUGAAGUCUACCGGAGACUCGGAGAGGAAAGUGUACGGAUGAGCCCAAUGGGUCGGGGAAUAGCAGAGGAAGCGCUAGUCCUUCUUCGUAAAAGACUAAGUGAUCUCAAUUUCAUCUUCUCCCUCUUCUCCUAUUGUCCCGACAGCAACUACAGCAAGUUGAAAUUUAUCUAUCAACUGAAAUGCAGCACGAGCUCCUUCAAUAUCUCCUGUUUUCUAUUUCUAUACACAUUAUAUUUUAAAAUUGGUAAGAGCAAGGGAAGCAAAGCUUAA